AAAAUUCAGCAGGGCGUGGCUGCUUUAAUUAAGAUGGCGUGCAGCUGAGAAGCAUAGGAUGAAUGAUCUGAUAUCUUCUCUCCGUUAUUUCUUGUAUGGUGUUGCUGUAGUUCUUCCAGUAGCCGUUACAGUGUCUGAUAAUGUUGGGUUUGUUACAACAAUAACGGGGAGAUCAAUGAGACCAACUUUAAAUCCUGAGCGUUCAGUGACUGAUGAUAGAGUCUGGCUAUCAAGAUGGCGUAUCAGUAAUUAUAAUCCCGCACCUGGUGAUGUUAUUGCAAUACGUUCACCUCUAGAUUCUGGUACUAAAAUGGUAAAGAGAGUCAUUGGGACUGAGAAUGAAACUUUGAAAACUCGUAAUUACAAGACAAGGUAUGUUACUGUUCCUAAAGGUCACAUUUGGGUUGAGGGAGACAAUGAGAGAGCAAGUCAAGACAGCAACUUUUACGGACCUGUUUCUAAAGGGCUAGUGUGCGGUAAAGUGAUGUUUGUGGUGUGGCCUCCUCAUCGCUGGGGCCGUGUUCCUCAAGACACUCUAAGAUACCAACAAGAAAGACGUUUGAAAAGCAGCAAAAAAUUCUUUUAUGAAUAAAAUUAUAUACACACACACACAAAUUAAUAUUCACACAUUAAUAUUAUAACAAGACCAGCAGAGCUGUCAUUCCUCCUCUCCUGCAACUGGAGGGCUUAAUAAUUUCUCUUUUAUUUGAUACAAAGAUUCUAAUGUUC